AUGGGUGACCGGAGAAAUUCGCAGCGGUAUGUAGACCGAAUGUCUCAAUUGCUUUCAUCAGGUUCACCGGAGUCAAACAACAUUGGGAGCCCCCACACGUCGAUCGCCGACUCUGUAGACGACGAUUGCCAUUCCCAACAGACCGAUGAAUCCGAGGACGAUAGCAGGGCUGCCUUCAUGGAUAGAUGCAGUGAUGAGGAGGGAACUCAGGGACAUCAGGCCAAGGAACAGACAAAGGAACGGGUCUUGGGUGGAGCCAGAUCCGUAAAGUUUUUGAAUCCUGAGUAUUCCGCAGAGUCAAUGAUGAAAAUGAUCGAGUGUAUGACAGAAUUGGAUGAACGGGUGCAAUCUAAUGCAGAGUCGCUCGAGGACCAGGACCUGUGGAAUCAGGGAAUGCAGCAAAAGUAUUUGGAUAUGAUCGGUGCUAUAGACACGUUGAGUAAAGAAGUGGCCGCGUUAAGGAAACAAGUGGAUGUUUUGUCGAGCAGAGAUGCAGUCAAAACCCGAGAGACCGUAGGUUCAAAGCGUCAAAGGCAGUGA